GAAUAUUUUUCGUGUGAAUCGAUAACAAGCAGAGGAGAAAUUGUUUUGUGAAUUUCCUGCAAUGAUCUGAAGGAAUGUCUUCACAGUGUGACUCUCACAGCUGAAGCUGGCAGCAGUGUGGAAGUGGACUGAUAAAGUCUUCAAGAAAAAAAGAAUCAAGAUGAACUUCGCGCAAAGCGGUCGACAGUUUUUCAACCCCCCUCGCCCCCCUCCAGCUGAUAUCAAGUACCAUGGGUUGAGGAACCAAGGAGCAACGUGUUACUUGAACAGUGUGCUGCAGGUGCUGUUCAUGACCAAAGGCUUCAGAGAGGCUGUGGAGAGGUACAUGUGUGGAAACCCUGACCCUGAGCGUAUUGACUCUCAUCUUAAAGACAUGUUUGAUGUCUUAAAGAAAAAAACAGCAUGCACCUAUAACAUCACAAAGAGGCUGGGCAUCGACAGAGUGUACGAACAGCAAGAUGCUGCGGAGUACUUUGAGAAGAUUUUAGCUCUGACCAGUGAUGAGGCUUCACAGAUCUUCCACGGAGAGUUGACACACAAGACCAUAUGUUCUAAAUGUCUCACAGAGAAAAACGCAGACGGGUUAUUUUGGCAUCUUCCUCUUGAACUGGUGGAUUCCUGCAGUGAACACUACAGUGUGAUGGCCGGCACUGAGGAGUAUUUCAGAGAUUUGAACUUCAGUGGAGAAAACCAGAUGUACUGUGACCAGUGUGAUGACAAAUCUGAUGCUACUAUUAAAUGUGUCAUAAAGCAUCAUCCAGAGGUUUUGAUGCUGCUGCUGAAGAGGUUUGAGUUUAACUACCAUUACAUGGCGUAUGUCAAAAACAACUGUGAUGUGGAUUUUCCCUGCACCCUACAGAUCCCAGAGAAUCAGACGUAUGAACUGUACGCAGUUGUGGAUCACUUUGGUGAUCUGAGAAGUGGACAUUACACUGCAAGAGUUAAGUUAGAGGACGAUGAGAGAUGGUAUAACUUCAAUGAUGCCAGAGUCUCAUUGCUUGAUUACCAGCCAUUCCAGGUGGAUAACAGUGAGAGUUCCUGCAGCGCUUAUCUUCUUUUUUACAGGAAAAAGACAACCCACGCUGCAGAUACUUGCACUCAAGACAUGAAGGAGGUGUCCACCAAUGGAGGUUUCCCGCCUGCUGCUGGUGACAACGACGAGCCGUGUCAAGAUGAGAAGAAGGAAAAGGCAAAGAAAAGAAAGAGAGAGGAGGUCGAGGAGACAGCAGAAGUGGGUAACGACACUGCGGAGGCUGCUUCCAUUGACAGAAAUGGAGAAACAGGAAUUAGAGACACGGUUAGUGUCGGGUCCGUAGUUGACGUCAGACAGAGCCUACCACACAAUCAUCAGGAGUGUCGUGAGGAAAGGAGUGACUUGCGUGAUCAAGAUGCUGAAAAACGUGAGAGAGGUGAGGGGAAAAUAAUGAGGGAUGAUGAGGAGGAGGAAGAUGAUACAGGAGCUGGUGAGCAGGCAGAAAAGAGAGGGCCGUCCUCUACAGAAACUCGUCCUGAAGAGAGCAGGGAGGGUCAGGACAGUUACCGUGGAGAACAAGAUAAUGUUAGACUGAACAGACCACAGGAGUGUCUGGAGGGAAAAGUCGUACACAACACGUCUUAUAAUGAACAGAAGUGCAAACAGGAAGUCAGCGACAUGCAUGUAGGAUACGAUUAUCCUCAACAGGUUUGUGUGAACAUGCGGAGGGAUGAGGAAAGAAAGGUAAUGAAUGUAAAUAAAGACGAGAAUAGAAAGACUGCGGGUGAUGAACAGUCAGACAAGAAGGGAAAAUCCUUGACAAAAUACCCCAACAGGGAUGCAAAGGAUGAGGCCAGUGAAGGAUCAGACAUUGUUAAACAUGUCAAUGACGACGAGGGAGCUAAACAGGAAGUUAGAGAAGAGAAUAACCUUCAACCAGUUAGGGUAGACAAAAACAGAGAUGCGAAGGAGAUGGAAAAAGAUAUUAAAGAUGAGGAGGGAGGAAAGACUGGGGCUGAUAAACUCAUAUCUGGAAGAGGAAAGCUUUUGUCAAAAUCUGACUUUAACUUUCAUGAGUUUCACAGGUCUGGUGAUAGAAAACAAAACGUAUCAGGCGAAGACGGUCGGACGCAUAAACAGGGAGGAAGUAGCAGGUCGUAUAAAAGGCAUGAACCAUCGAAAGAGGAGGGGAGGGAUGUUAAAGGAGACAAGGAACAAAAGAGAGGAGAUGAUGAACCCGCACGAAAGAUAAGAGCAUCAGAGAGACGACAACACUUUGGUCAGGAUGUAGAGGAUCAGAGCCGCAGAGUUGACGUUAGACCGAACAGACCGGAGCAGAACAUCAGCGUUACACAUAAAAGACAUGAAAGUGUGGGUUCGGAGAAACAAGUCAGAGAGGAGAAACAUGCAGGAGAUACUCAGCAUAUUCAAAUCAGACAUGACUCGUCUCUUAGACAAGCAGGGUCGGCAGGAAAGGGAAGCUUGACCGAGAGACGGAGAGGUGGCAGUGUAGAAAAGACGGGAAAUUCUCAGUCUACAGCUAGAGCUGAAUUUAAGGACGUAACAGUGGAAGGAGUUCAGGAGAGUGAAAGAAGCAGUGGCAUGGAAACUGUAGAGAAAAUUUCACAGGACAGUAUAAAGAGGCGGGUAAAUAAUAGAGGGAGUAUUAAAGGAAAAGAUGAUCCAAAACCAGAUGAAGUGGUCACUUUGACAGAGGGUGUUCGCAGUAUAAACCUGAAUGAUUCACCUUUGCCAAAGCCGCAGAAACACAAAGCCAAGAAAGUCAGUGGAAAAGCAAAAGGGAAGAACGAGACAGAGAUCGUUCCUUAUUCACAUGCAAGAGAAGAAUCUGAUGCACAAACACAAGAUGGAGAAAAAAGUGUCAUGAAAAAAGGACAUAAGAUGAUGGGAGGAUUGUGGUGUUUGCCGAAGAAACAGAAGGAAAGAAAGGAAAAACCAAAAAAGAACAAGACCAUUGGGUGUUUUCCUAUGUUAAAGAGGAAACGGAAAAAGGCAGAGUCGAAGUCGGAAUAAGAUCACUUCCUGUUUUACCACAGGAUUGUUUCAAAUGGAAAAGGUUUAAUGAGCGAGAGGGAUGUUUUAGAUUAAGGUGCUGCUGUAUUGCAUCAGCCUGUAAUAGAAGGUAACACAAGCAGACAGAUUCACCUUUAUGUUCAUUUAAUUUACAAUUAGCUUACACUCACUGACAUUGAUCACCCAGAUUUUGUGUGUUUUGUGUAACGUGUUGACCUGAUAUCUUUUAUGUUUUUUUUAAACUAAAGAUUAUGCAUCAGUAGAUGCCACAAAAUGUAAUGUGUGAUUUCAGACAGUCAGAGAUCGAGUGAAGAAAUGACUUUCAAAUGUAAAUCUUUGCAUUAACACUUGUAUGUUUUUUCUUAUUUCACUGUUAUGUGGUGGUAUAAAUUAUUUAGCUUUUUGAUCUCAGUGUUGUUUACGAGUUCGUGUAAACCAUUACUGCCCACUGACUAAUGUCAUAGAUGCUUUGGAUUUUAUGUUCAUCACUUUGAAUCAAACCAAACGGUUGUUGUGUUGUCAUUUACCUUUGUCCCACUUGAGGGUUUCUGA